GGAUGCUCGGCCAUGGCGAGUCCCGGCGCCGCCUCCGCCGCCUUCUGGGAGCACCUCCGCCGGCUGUGCCUGGACCAGUUUCCCUGCGGGAUCGGGAGCUGGAAUAAGUCCCGUUUCCCACCGAGGAAGGCCAGCGUUUCGCCCAGGUGGGCCGUGCCACAGGCCAGAGCUUCCUCUCGCAAUGGGUUCCCGCCGCCAGAUGAGGAGAGUGUGGAAUCGCUCACCGACUAUCUGAGAAGCCUCGGCUCUCCGUGGGCCCUGCCUGCAGACUGCAGCCCUGAGGACCAGCAGCUGAGGGAGCUGGCUGUGCAGUCUCCAAGGGACAUCAAGGACAACUUAAUCUUCUCCUACUUCAAAUCGCUCAGGAUUGUGAACAAAAAUGUGACUGAAAUUGAUGCUGAUUUGUUAAAGUUCCCCAACCUGGAAGAGCUAAUCCUGAGUGCAAACCACAUCAGCAAGAUAAACUCCAGCAACCUCCCUCCAACCCUAAAGGUCCUGGAACUUUGUGGCAAUGAAGUGGACGGUCUAAAGGACUUGUGUGUCCACCCGCCUCCUGAACUCCAGCAUCUCGGCCUCGGCCACAAUUGCCAGCUUGGUUCGUCCGAAGAACACUAUCUCACAGACACGUACUGGCCGAAACUCGUCUCCCUCGACUUGAGCUACAACAAUUUCACCAACUUGCUGAGCCUCCUCUUGAAGCUUUUGACGAUGAAGAAGCUGCGGGUUCUGGUGCUUCAGGGAAACCCACUUGCCCUGCUGCCUGGCUACAGGGGCUUUGUCAUCGAUAGCCUGCCAAAACUCUGCACGCUUGACGAUGUGAUCAUCACACCCGAUGAGAGACACAACUUCUUAGACCUGUCUUGCAGUCCGGGUGAGGCUUCCUUGGUCAAAGAGCAGUCCAUUGAUGGAAUUUCCACAUCCCUGACAAGUGGCCAGGCAGGGCUAUCUUACUGGUCAGGAGGGAGGCACACCAUUUCCAGCACCCCAUCUGCAUUCAAACGGAUGUUGCUGUUUGAUGUUUCGUCUCCUGCUUUUGCAGAGCUCUUAAAGUGCUACACUAAAAUGGUCGUGGUCGUUGGCAAAGUCAGAGGCGUCCCUAAUCCUGUUGGCCCGGAGGAACCGGAGACUGGACCUGAGGCUCCAAUAAUCACCUACAGCUACUACGUGACGUAUGAAUUUGCCAAAGAUGAAAAAAUUGAGAAAGAAACAAGCAAGUGUGUAUCAGCAAUACCGGAAUCAACAGCAUUGAAUGUUGAAAACGCACAAGGAGGACUGGAAGGAGGGGGAAGCAAUGAGCCCACACCUGUGGAUUCUCGUGUCAAAUCUCCUACUGAGCCUGGAAAUGUUUAUUCCACCCCUCGAAAGCCCUGGGCUGAGGUCAUAGACUGUGACCACACGAAGGAGCAUGUCACCAGAGAUAUGGUUGCUCUGAAGGCCUAUCUUCUCGCCGGAACCAUGGUGACAGUUGUGGAGGAAAAGGUUGUCUCGUGGCCCGUCGUUCUCACCCCAAAUGAAAGCCCAACCAAGAAAGGAAAAGAUAAAGGGAAGGCAGAGAAAGGGAAGGGAAAGGAGAAAGGGAAGGAGAAGGAGAAGGAGAAGGAGAAGGAGAAGGAGAAGGAGAAGGAGAAGAAGGCAGAGAAAGGGAAAAAGGACAAAGGCAAAGAGGAGAAGGGGAAAGCAAAGGAUGCUGGAAAGGGUGGGAAGAAAAAGAAAUCUCCUUCUCCUGAGCUACGAAGUGACCCUCCCAUCGUGAAGAUCCUGGGCUCAGGCCAUGUCAAUCUGGAAAGCCUUCUGGCGGGAGAGCCUCUCGUGGAGACCGUGUGCGACUUUGGCAUUCUGAUCACGGAGUCAACUAUCAAGCCCCCAUCUCCGAAAGAAAAGGAUAGUAAAAAGGGUGCAAAGAAGGACAAAAAAGGGAAAGCUGUGGCUGCCGAGAGCGCAGCGACAAAGAAGGCCACCACACCUGUCAAAGGAAAGGGGAAAAAGAAGGACUCUCCAGACGGGGCAGAUGUCCUUCAGAGCCAGCCAGUACCACUGACGGUGGAAUUCCAAAUGCAACAUGUGAAAUGGAAGUCAGCUUCACAAAUCCUUUUACAUUACAACAUUUUAGAGUAAUUGUUUUGCGGGGAGCACAGAUUGUGCUUUUUAAAAAGCUUCAAGGGUGAGGGAUGUGGAUUCUCAAGAGCUAUGUCUACCUGCUGUGGGAAGCUGAGGUUGUAAGGGCAGGCAGUGGCAGCAAAGGUUAUGCUGGUGAAGGGACGCCUUUAUAUCACACAUUUGCAUCUUUGGCCUGACCUCAGAAGUUUGACCAUUCGGCUCAUCCUGGAUGCAGGGAGCAUUAUUUUCCUGUGGAACACUGAAGACCUGGUGCCUUUGGGU